AUGCUACCAUGUGCAGAUGUACCCCCAGAAGUAUUUGACAUCAUCGUCAGAUAUUUGGAUAUUAAAGAUAUACUACAAUGUCGUUUCACUUGUCAGAAAUGGGCAAAAGUUACAGGAAAGAUUCUUUUCACUGAAGUCGAACUAAGAAACGACAGGAAGAUAGCUCAUUACGCUAAUAUGCUUGCAAACUCAACAUUUGCACCAGGCAAAUAUCUGAAAAAAAUGAGUAUAAUCUAUUCCAAAAGCAAAAGCUUUGAAUACUGGAGUGAUAAAGAUUUAUUCAACAAGAUAGCUAAACAUUGUCCUUUGAUUGAAGAGUUAUAUGUCUCAAAUACCUGUGUUCCCUUUUGGUUCUGGUUAAUGCAAGAAAUUUAUGAAGGUGGCCUACAAAACUUGAAGAAGCUUCCACUUCCUUCAAGCAAUGAAGAGAUGGAAUACUACUAUCGUACUGCUAUUUCUAUGCGUCACACACUCAAAGAAAUUACAUUAAGUGGUUUAUACACAUCAUUGCAAUUCCCAGAAGCGAUAUUUAAGAAAUGUAAUUUCAUAAAUCGCAUCGACGAGUUUAAAAAACUGGAAAAAGUAAGAGUCGUGGAAUAUGGUGAAAACUACUCGCAUGGUUUAGGAAAGGAUAUACUUCUCUUUUUGCGGAGAAUGAAGACCUUAUCUAUAGCUAUAUAUCAUAUAUAUCAGGAUAAUAACUUAAUCGAGAAUGAUACUAGGUCCCUGCUUGCUUCUUGUACAAGUAACAACGUUCAAUGUCUUGAUAUACAAAUGCUCAUUCAAUCCGGAAGAGACUUGGUUUUUAUCACAAAACAGUUUCCCAACUUGAAGCAGCUAAACAUCAACAGAAACUGUGAUGCUGAGAUGCGUAAGCUACUUUUAGGCUGGAACCAACAUGAAAUUGUGCUACCAGUCGAAUUCAAAGACUACUUAGCCAGAUUAGAACAGUUCAAUCUCAAACAUAUUAACAUUAAAGGUUUGGAAGAUUUUAUACGCCUUUUGGUUCACACAAAAACAGUUGGAGAGCUACGAAUCAACAUGUGUGUUUGGCUUAAGGGAGUUGAGAUACAUUAUAGCACCAUUGAUAUUGAAUACGACAAAAGCAGUUACAAAAAAAAGCAUUUCAAACUGACAGUCAACAAAUUUUUUAAUGUACAACGUCUCUUACAGAUACUGUCUGACUAUGAUGAUUUGUUGGAUGAAGUGACAAUUGACAAUCAAUCACAUGACGCUAGCAGCAUGAUUGAGACAGUUGAUAAUGUAGGAGAUAUGAUAUUCAGAAGCAAUUUGGAUUAUGUUUUGGAAGCAUGUGCUAAACUAAGAAUAUUGCGAGUGGCUAAUACCAAAAUCACAUCCUUUGGCUCUGGAGCUUUGAAUGAUUCGAUUACUGACUUGAUAUUUUCGACAUGCCACUAUGAUCCAGACAUUCUGUUGCAAUUAUCAGCUAUGGUUCCGAACUUGAAAAACUUGACUAUCAACUCAUGCAUACCUCACCCUGAUCCAUCUGGCGAAUACAAUGCUGAAAUUUACAUGCCAAAUACUUCUUUUGAUACAGUUGAUAUUAGAUCAAAGAACUCUCCCAAAAUAUAUGUAUUACAAAUAUUUUUGGAAAUAGUUACGGAGACAGGAAGAAAACUCCAUACAGUUAAACCAUCGCAAGACCUUGGUGAAGAAAUCCCACUUUGGAACUUAACACGAACAAUACAUAUUACUAUAAAUUGCAAGAAAGUCAAAAGAAUAUUUUUCGAAGUAAGAAAUUUUCGAGGUCACUUUGAUCCAUAA